CACACUCAAAAUAACCAGCAACAACAGAAUACUAACACCAAGACAAAAAGCAAAGCAGCCAUGGCUUCCUCUUCCUUCUCCGCCACCGCCACCGCCACCAUUUCUUCUUCCCACCGUCACCAAUCCCUCCUCGUCACAAAACCCUUCACCCACAAUUCCUUGCUCUUCAAGCAACCCAACAAACUCACCACCACCCCAUCCCUCCGCCCUCUCAAACUCCGCGCCUCCUCCUCCUCCGUCGCUCCCCUCGACAAAACCGCCGCCGCCGCCCCGCCGCCGCUCCCGGACUUCGACUUCAACGCCUACAUGCUGACCAAGGCCGCCCUAGUCAACGCCGCCCUCGACCAAUCCAUCCCGCUCACCCGCCCCCUCAAAAUCCACGAGGCCAUGCGCUACUCCCUCCUCGCCGGCGGCAAGCGCGUCCGCCCCGUCCUCUGCCUGGCCGCCUGCGAGAUGGUCGGCGGCGACCAGUCCCUCGCCCUCCCCAUGGCCUGCGCCACCGAGAUGGUCCACACCAUGUCCCUCAUCCACGACGACCUCCCCUGCAUGGACGACGACGACCUCCGCCGCGGCCUCCCCACCAGCCACAAGAAGUACGGCGAGGACACCGCCAUCCUCGCCGGCGACGCCCUCCUCUCCCUCUCCUUCGAGCACGUCGCCGUCCGCACCCCGAGCACCGUCUCCCCGGACCGCGUGGUCCGGGCCAUCGCCGAGCUCGGGUCCGCCGUCGGGUCCGCCGGCCUCGUAGCCGGCCAGAUCGUCGACAUCGCCAGCGAGGGCGACGUGGACGUAACCCUCGAGGAUCUGGAGUACAUACACAUUCACAAGACGGCAAGGCUGCUGGAGGCGGCCGUGGUUUGCGGCGCGAUUCUCGGGGGCGCGGACGACGGGAGCGUGGAGAAGGUGAGGAGGUACGCGCUGCGCGUGGGGCUGCUGUUUCAGGUGGUGGAUGAUAUUUUGGACGUGACCAGGUCGUCGGAGGAGCUGGGGAAGACGGCGGGGAAGGAUCUGGCGAGUGAUAAGGCCACGUAUCCGAAGUUGUUGGGCCUGGAUGGGGCCCGGAGGUUUGCUGCGGAGCUGGUGGGCCAGGCCUGUGAGGAGCUGGCCGGGUUUGAUCCGGUUAAGGCCGCCCCGCUGUACCAUUUCGCUAAUUACAUUGCGACCAGGCAGAACUAAUUUUUUUAUUGAUUCCAGACUUUUGUUGUUUUCGUUUAAUUGUAUUAAUCUGUCGACUGGUCGAUACUCUGCCGGCCGGCCGGCCGGCCGGGGUUGAUCUAUCAUUGGUUAAGUACCGAUGAUAAUAAUUAGAUUUGUUUGUUUGUUGGUUGUAUACUCCGCCAUGGUUUUUUUGGCUGUUUUCAUAAUUAGAAGAGACAGGAGAUAUAUAAUGUACUAUUUCAUGACAAUAAUCUGGUCAUCACAACUUCAUUGAUGGAUUUCCUAAUAAUAUACUUAUCAAGAAAUGUAAUGUAAUCAAAACUUAAUCGUUGA